UCUCCGCACGUUGCUGGCAGAAAACAGCGGACCUGCUACGGUGCAGCUCCGCCCGCGGUCCCUAGACGGCCCGGUCGCCGUGGUCUCUGGGCCCCUGGGCCCCCUGUGUGGAGCCUCCGUGGGAACGCGGCUUCCGGGAACCGGGCCGCCUCAAGGAAGCGCCUCAGACGCUGCCGGGGUCACCGCGAGGCCGCCGGGUGGGUUACGCCGCCGCGCUGCCCAUGCCGCCAGCGCCCGGUAGCUGAGGCCAAUGGUGGACGGUGGACCAGACACUAGAGGGGGCAGGAGCCUGUCUGCGGUGGUCAGCCUGUCAGCACUUGUUACCAUCACCUCAGUCCUGAGCCACAUGGAUCUGACGUCAGAGUCAACACGGACCCACCAGACUGCUGAACUCCUUCUGUUCCUCAGAGGAAACGCUGCAGUGCACCUGCUCCUUCUACAGGAUCCCCACACCCUCUGCAAUGGUGGAUGGACAGUGCCCCAGUGGAUGUGAACAGUGGCCAUGGUCACCUCCAGGUGACCUCUGUCACACUUGGUCCCUGGGCCAACAGCACCCUCAGCCUGGUGAAGGACCCAGAAAUGGGCACCAGCCUUCUCUGUGAGGGCAAGCACCAACAUGGAGCCCAUGCCUUGAGCAUCCUACUGAUGUCAAGUGCGGGUUUGGACUGGAGGCCAGGAAGGGGUCCUUUGGCUCCCCACACCUUCCUGAAAGCAAUGUUCCAGGGCGUUGUCUAUUCAGCCAUGGCCAUCACGCUGCUCUUCCUCUGCCUCCUCGCCUUCAUAGUGAAGCAUCUCAGAGCAAAAUGGGCCAAGAGACGUGCAGUGAUCACGGCACAGAAGGUUGGAACCCAGCAAAAAUCCAAGAAGCGGAAGGAGCCAGAAAAAUACACUCACCCCACCUUCUGGGACCCAGCUCCCGGGAAACCGUGGUACCCUGAAGAGGAUGAAGCCGGAGGAACCCACAUCACACUGAAGUCCCCGUUACCCCAGGUGUUACAGACACCCCAGAAACCCCGAGUCCCUAAUAAACCUGCCAUCCUGAGAGUCUGAGCUCACAAAGCCCUCUUGGCCCAAGCCCACACGCGGUUUCCAUGGGGUCUCAGGAGCUCCGAAGGUCACCUGUAUGAUUUGUUGUUUGGCUGAGCUGGAAGAAACAUGCCCCACGCCUGGGGCAGCUCACAGGAAGGAAGGAAAGUGAUACGGUGAGACGGGCUUCUGAUCCCUUCUGUAUGACAGACACGUGUGCACACAGACACAUACAAAUAUACACGCAAGCACAAACAUGUACAUGCACAAUAUAUGCAUACAUACAGAUAUACAUGCACACAGACACAAGCAAACAUACCCAUGUGUGGACACAUAGAAACACGCACAUGCAUACACACAUAUACAUGCAUAUGCACAAAAACAUGCAGGCAGAUGCAUCCAUCUAUACACAUGUACCCACGUGCACAUACACAUAAAACACACAAACACAUACAUGCACGCAUACAUAAAUAAUACACUCAAACAUGCAAUACACAGAGACACACGCAUACAAACACAUAGACACAUCUGUGCAUGCAUGCAUGUGCACACAUGCACAUCUAUGCACAAAUGUUCACAUCAAACACAAACAUAUCUAAAUGCACAUGCGUGCUUACACGCAGACACAUACAAGCCCCCCCCCAACCACAGGCACUUAUGCUGCUACAUUGUAAUCACAUCCCAACCCUCACUCAGCAGACACCUUUGCACAGGCCUCCCGGUCACCGCUCUGCCUUGACCGCCCUUGAGUGUACUCACAUAACGCAGUCAGAGUGGGUUUUGAACAGUGGUACUAGAGAGCCAGGUGGAGAAAAGGCACCAUGCUGGACCUGAACACAAGAUAGAACAGUGGACCUUUCAUGGGAGUGUAUACUGAGUCUUAGAACGUUGAU